AUGGCAACGGGUGAUUACACAGUCCUUGACCUGGAACUAACCGGCCAUGUUGCCACCAUAACCCUGAAUCGUCCGGAGAGGCUGAAUGCCCUAAACACCACCCUUUCGCUGGAGUUCCACAACGCCCUGGACGAGGUGGCGGACAAUCCUGAUAUUCGCGCCGUGAUAAUCACCGGGGCGGGCAGAGGUUUCUGCUCCGGCGCAGACGUGGGUCAGAUGCAGAACACCCUGGAGGGCCAGGGACAGGGGCCGACGCCGCUCCAGCGCUCCUCCGGGAUGCCCGCGGGCGUGUCGGAGCUAACUCCCCAUCUUCGGCGUAUUCCCCAGCCGGUCAUAGCCGCGGUGAACGGCGUGGCCGCCGGUGGCGGGCUUGGCGUCGUCCUCGCAAGCGACAUCCGCGUCGCCUCAGAGGCGGCCAGGUUCUCCUGCGUCUUCAUCCGCCGAUCCCUGGUCCCCGACAGCUCCGUGUCGUACACCCUCCCGAAACUGGUCGGAUUCGGUAACGCUAUGGAGAUGGCGCUUACGGGCAACGUCUACGAUGCGCAGUGGGCGCUGGAAAGGGCCUCGUGA